AUGCAAGAAUCUUAUACAUUAAUUGAUGAACUGUGUACAGAUCGUAAUUCUAUUGUAUCUGUGUUCAAUACUGGAUCAUUUUACAUUGGUUUACAUAAUGCUGCUAUGAGAUCAGAUACAGUCGAGUAUUUUUGGACAGAUUGUACGCCACUACAACAGUAUGUUAAUUUGCAGACAAAUGGAUAUUUGCGGUAUUGUGCAAUUCUGUAUACAAAUUUCGGAUGGGAUGUUACAUCUUGUAGUGAUCUGAGGUCUUUUGUUUGCGAAACUGACGGAAGCCGGUGUCGAUAUUUUCAGUAUAUCAACAUGAAAGGUACGAAGGGUAUUAGUUUUAAUGCAACUGUGAUGGGACAAAAUGAUUGUUUGCGCCUGUGUGAUGAGGCUAUACUGAAUGGAAUGGAAUGUUGGGGAGUCACAUACUAUAUUUACACUGAAACAUGUAUUCUACAUUUAUCGAAUGAUUCUACAAUCUUUGAUAAUGGUGGUAAAACAUCAAAUACUGGCUCCUAUCUUUUCAAGAAACAAUGCUUGAAAGUUGAUGUAGAUAAAACCGUCUUUCCAUCUGGCUCAUCAACAAAUAUACCAUUCUCUAAUUGUUAUACUACUUCAUCAACAGGUUCUAUUUAUACCAUUUUUGAGAGAGCAGUUACAUGGCAAGAAGCGAAAGACGUUUGCUCGAACAUUGGAGCAUCGCUUUUAGAAUAUAGAAGUCAUGAAGAGUUUACAGAUUUUGAUUAUAUAGCCCGUCCUUUGCUUUAUGGGUUUUCUUCAAUUUGGUUUGGACUUAGAAGGUACAACAAUCUGACAUUUUUAUGGCAAGAUGGAACCGGUAUUACAAACUGGGACAAAUGGGAAAAUCAACCGUCCAAUAUACCCGGAACUUGUGUUCAAGUCGAUCUUGCCGAUUCCUCCCAUGGAUGGUUAGAUGAUAACUGUACCAAGAGUCAUCCAUUUGUCUGUGAACAACCAGGUGUUUGUGCAUUCAAAGUGUUUCCAAAUACUAUAGGAGAUUCUGGUAUUGUACAAAGUUUUUCGACGAGGAAAGGAUGCAUGCGAAUUUGUGAAAAUAACAGCACUUGUAUAGCUUACAGCGGCUACUACGACCCAACUUAUUUUUACUGUAAAACGCACCAUCAAUCUGAUAUCUAUUACUACUUUAAUUCUCAAAAUUACUAUAAUAAACUACAAUCUACGUUUUACAGAUACAGUUGUUCACAUGCUUUAAGAAUUGGUAAUAUGUCUGUUGAGGUUCCAAAACUCUAUCAUCCUAGUGGAAUAAAUCUAGGUGAAAAUACUUUUGUCAGUUUAUCCACACACGUCGAAGAAUCAACAUCACUAAUGCAAGACGCUACUAUUGGUGUAAGGGAGCCCUCGGAAACAUUUUCAUUUACUGUCUCUGUUAUGGAGACUACAGAAGCAAGCGAAUCAUUUACAGAGUCUUCAAGUGAUGUAUACCCUGACGUAACAACCAUCACUGCUCUAGAAAAAUCAUCACUUAUGCAAGACGCUACAAGUGUUGUCAGUGAAUUAUCAGAAGAGUCAGCGGAAACAUUUCCAUUUACUGUCUCUUUUUAUAACAGUAUAGAAGCAACUGAAUCAUUAUCAGAAACAGAGUCCUCAACUGACGAAUCAAACCACCCCUCCCUUGAAACAACUCAGUUCUCUGGCUCGACAUUUUAUUACACUGAAACAGUUGAACUUACAGAAACACUGAAAUAUUCCAGUAAUUCACUAGAUAACUUAGAUCUAUCAAAUUUUGACUCAUACACAGAUUCUGUUACACCUUCCUCAACACUACCUGAGACAACAUUAAUAGGUGAUAUCUCAAUGGAAUUAACUGAAAAUUUUAGCGAAUCUGUGAGUACAUACACCAACUAUGAAGAACUCAUACCCACCAAUGAGAUGCCGUCUCACAAAAAUUCUGAUAUCGAGCCAUCGUUUACCUCAUUAAUCAAUGGAUACGUCGAUAAAUCUAUUGUUGUGGUAAAUACUAAAUCUCUUCAAACUCUGCACCCUUCAGAAUUUCCCACCUUAUAUCCUCCGAAACAAUCAAAAUAUCUACCAAUAUGCCCCUGUGGAUGUGUGUCUAGAGUUAUAUCGGGUGAAAAUAUCAAAGACCGAAUCCAGGAACUUGUGGAAGACCUGACAUUAGAUAAGAGAAAUUUAUCAAGUACUUUACAUAGCUUAUCGUCUAUAGAAGAUGACAGACCUAGUGCUCAGACCCUUGGUUACUCGUCUGUCAUUUUACUGGUGUGUGUGUUUUCAUUCUUUCUGAUCAUGGAUAUCAUCCAUUUUAUAAUACAAAGAUCAGCUGUAUUAGUUAUUACAAAAUGA